GUUGUAUACUGCCUUUCUCUUAACUCAGGCUCUCGCGUGGCAACGAAUAAGAAACAGAUUCCCUGUUGAUGAAACCACGAAUGGAAGUACAACCCGGAAAAGUUCAUCGGACAGACCAGCUCACCAGGCGAUUAAACUGCAUCCCAUAUUUAACUGAAUCGGACGCUAAGAUGCAAUCUGUGGUGGUCAAUUUUCAUUGAUAUGAUAUGACGUUAGAGUAUUAUUCUACCCAGUAAACUGCAUUCAAAGUAUUAAAAUGGAACUAAAUACAACACUGGAGUUUGAAAUAACAUCAUGGACCCCUUCUCAGGAGGACAACGACUGGGCACAAAUAGACGCUUUAGCAUUUAACAUAGAAACCUAUUAUUUGUGGGCCAUCUUUGCCUUGGGAUUUCCAGGAAACUGUUUCACCAUCAUCACAAUCAUCAAGAUGUCCCCUCAGAGGUCCCUCGCUGUCUACAUCGCCCUCCUCGCCAUCGUCGACAACCUUGCCAUCGUUAACAAGCUUCUGAUGUUUGUCCUCACAGACAACGGAGUCCAGAUUGGAAUAUGUGGCUGCAAGUUUCUGGGAUUCUUCGGGAACUUCCUCAUCACGUACGGCAACUGGCUUCUUGUUGGACUCUCCGUGGAGAGAUUUGCUGCAGUGUGGUUCCCUUUCCAGAUAGGCAAGAUCUGGACCUUCAAGAAAUCCUUGACAGUCGUGAUGUCGAUAACCUUGCCCCUCAUUGGGCUCUUUCUUCAUCUCUUCUGGACGAUGGAUUAUCAUUAUUAUGCUUCCACCAAGAGUGUUUUCUGUAACAUCAACGGGAAAUACAUCUACUUCAUGGUUCAUGUGUGGUACUGGAUUAACGUCCUUGUGUAUGCCGUAAUCCCGUGUGUCCUUCUUCUCAUCUUCAACCUGCUCAUCAUUGCAGGAAUUGUAAAAUCUACCAAGACUCGCAAAUACCUGAAUAGAAGCGACUCGAAAACUGACAGUGCCCAAGCGGAUCGACACCGUCAAAUCACUAUCAUGCUCGUGACAUCAGCGAUUGCCCUUGUGGUUCUUACUACACCGAGAUGUGUGUUGCUGAUAAUGUCCCCCUACUUGAACCCUUCUAACAAGUCUAUGGAGGGAGCGGUUCUUUAUCUCAUUGACACAAUCGCCUAUGUCUUGUGUGAUUCCACUCAUGCUAUCAACUUCUAUUUGUAUUCCAUGAGUGCUAGAAAAUUCAGAUGUCUGUUCCUUGAACUUUGUUGCAAACGUAAAUCUGAAGUUGUAAGCUCUGAGUACAUCAGUAUGGGUAGUCGUCCGUCAACACAGUGGCAGGCAUAGAACUACUUUUUAAAUGCGAAAAGUGAAUGAGUGAGACUUAGCGUGGAUGGGCGGUUUGGACUGAUGGAGUGUUUGAGAACUUACAGGUAGAUGAGAUAUUGAGUGAGUGAGCCUGUCUGUUAAGCGGGACUUUCAACCAAAA